ACUCGCCGAAACGCAAUGUCCGACGCUGGGAAAAAGAUUUCGCGAAAAGAAGCGAAAAAAGCGAAAGCCAAGGAAAACUAUGAUAAAACUAUCCUUUCCAUGGGAGGAGUCGUCGAAAAUCUUCCAGAAGUAGAAGGCGACCAAGAAGAACAUGGUGGAAUUGGAUCAGGAGCAGAACUUGGAGCCCAUUUCACUGUCUCGCAACUAUCUAAAACUGGAACUCAACUGGCACAGAUGGAAAAUAGUAUGGAUAUCAAAAUUGAAAAUUUUGAUAUUUCGGCACAAGGAAAGCUGUUAUUCGAUAAAGCGAGUCUGACAAUUGUUUACGGAAGAAGAUACGGUUUGGUCGGACCCAAUGGAAUGGGAAAGACUACUCUAUUGAAACAUAUCGGAGCUAGAAAACUUGCAAUUCCUUCACAUAUUGAUUUGCUUUAUUGCGAACAGGAAAUCCAAGUUGAUAGUACAUCGGCUAUUGAUACCGUUGUGAAAUCUGACAAAAAACGAUUGGCGCUUCUAGAAGAAGAAGCUAAACUGAUGUCUGAAAUUGAAGAAGGUAAAACCGAGGCCGCCGAGAGAAUGAAAGAAGUUGCCGAUGAGCUUAGAGACAUUGGAGCAGAUAGUGCGGAGCCAAGAGCUCGGCGAAUUCUGGCUGGUUUGGGAUUUUCAAAAGAAAUGCAAGAAAAACCGUGUACUGAUUUUUCUGGAGGAUGGAGAAUGAGAAUUUCAUUGGCAAGAGCUUUGUUCCUUGAGCCAACACUUUUGAUGCUAGACGAGCCUACAAACCAUCUUGAUCUCAAUGCUGUUAUUUGGCUUGACAACUAUCUUCAAACUUGGAAGAAAACGCUUCUCAUCGUUUCUCACGACCAAGGUUUCCUUGACAGUGUCUGCACCGAUAUUAUUCAUCUCGACAAUCAAAAACUUCACACCUAUCGUGGAAACUACACACUUUUCAAAAAACAAUAUGCACAGGAUAUGCAAGUUCAUGAGAAAAAUUUCGAUCAGCAGCAAAAACAGUUAAAGGCAAUGAAGAAAGAAGGAAAGAGUGCAAAACAGGCUGAAGAGCAGGUUAAACAGCAAAUGGCAAAUAAGGCAAAGAAAGGAGGAAAGAAAAAUGCUGGAAAAGUAAAUGAUGAUGAUGAUGCUGGAGCUCCCGAAUUAUUGCAACGUCGUAAAGAGUACUCGGUCAAGUUCCAGUUUCCAGAAACUACCAAAUUGAAUCCCCCUGUACUCGGACUCCACGAUGUCAAUUUUGGCUAUGGAAAAGACGUUCUCUUCAAAAAACUGAAUUUCGGAGUGGACAUGGACUCACGUAUUGCUAUCGUUGGACCAAAUGGAGUUGGAAAGUCAACACUACUGAAAUUGUUGAUUGGAAAAAUUGAUCCUAAUGAUGGUGAACUAAGAAAGCAUCGAACUCUUCGAAUCGGAUGGUUCGAUCAGCACGCUAAUGAAGCUCUCAAUGGCGAGCAGACACCCGUCGAAUUUUUGUGUACCAAAUUCAACAUUGACUAUCAAGAAGCUCGUAAACAGCUCGGAACUACUGGACUUGCUGCUCAUGCUCACACUGUUAAAAUUAAAGAUCUUUCUGGAGGACAAAAGUCGAGAGUAGCGUUGUGCAACUUGGCUCUUGGAGGUCCUGAUAUUAUCAUUCUUGAUGAACCUACCAAUAAUCUCGAUAUUGAAUCCAUUGAUGCUCUGGCAGAAGCAAUCCGGGAUUUCAAUGGUGGUGUUGUGAUGGUUACUCACGACGAGCGACUGGUUGUUCGAACGGAUUGUAAUCUUUGGGUUGUUGAAAAUCAAGGAAUUGAUGAGAUUGACGGAGACUUUGAGGACUACAAGAAGGAAGUACUUGAUGCACUUGGAGAAGCUCUUGUUAGCAAGAAAUAGUUUUUAAAUUUCAUUUAGUUGUUCUUCGUGAUUUUGUUCCGAUUUUUCGUUAAUUUUUGCAAUGUCUUGCUUCGGUGUCGUUUUUCUUUAUAAUAUCAAGUUCACGUUUAUUUUUAUUGUUGGCAUAAAUAAACACACUUUUAC